UUUCUCUUGUGUGUCCACUGUCUGUUCCUCAUCGUGCUUCAUUGCUCCACCGCCCAAGCAAUCAGCAAUCGGCACGAAGCCCGCUACUCGCGCGAUGGACGCGCUGCUCCUUUCGUCGCCCGCCCCGCGUGCGUCGCUCGCCGCACCAUCGUCGCGCACGUCGCUGCGCACCACACAUGCCGGCCGCGCGCUGCUAGCCGCCCCAGGCGCCUGUCGCUGCAUGGGGGCGGCGCGCAGCAGCAGGGGGAAGGGCAGUGAGAGUGGUGCGGAAGGGGAGAGGCGGAGAUGGAGAAGGGGAGAGCCGCCAUGCGCCAGUGGUGGCAGGCGCAGCUGGCAGCGAAGGCGGGGCAUCAGGGGGAGAAGGCGGCAGGGGCAGUGGCGGUGGCGGAUGGGGGGAACGGGCAGGCGGGCAUGGACGCCGCUCGGGCCCAGAUGAGGCAGUGGUGGGCGGCACAGCAGGCGGGCAAGGCAGAGCGCGCGGGCGUGGAGGUCUCCAAGGCGCAGAUGCGUGGCUGGUGGUGGUUGGAGCAGCAGCAGGGCAAGGCGAUGGAUGCAGCACGAGCAGAGAUGAGGGCAUGGUGGGUGGCCCAGCAGCAGGGCAAGGCAGGGGCAGCGGCAGCGGCAGGCAUGGAGGAGAUGGAGGAGAUGGAGGGCAUGGAGGGCAUGGAGCGGGGCAGAGCGGCAAUGAGGGCAUGGUGGGUGCAGCAGCAGCAGGGCAAGGCUAUGGAUGCAGCACGAGCACAAAUGCGGGAAUGGUGGGUGCAGCAGCAGCAGGGCAAGGCUCUGGAUGCAGCACGAGCAGAGAUGAGGGCAUGGUGGGUGGCCCAGCAGCAGGGCAGGGCGGAGGCAGCGGCGGUGGCAGGCAUGGAGCAGGGCAGAGCGGCGAUGAGGGCCUGGUGGCUGGCGCAGCUGGCAGAGAAGAAGGCAGCAGCGGAGGCAGGGCGGGUGGAGCAGCUGCAGGCGGAGCAGGAUGAGUCGCGAUCGCAGCUCAACGAAUGGGCGGUGGGCAAGUGGAGGCGGUGCUGGGGGAGGCGGAGCAGCAGGCGGAGGAGGCCAAGCUGGAGGCCAUGGAGGCAGGCCGGGCCGCCAUGCGCCAGUGGUGGACCAAUCAGCUGGAGGAGAAGGCUGCCCGGCUGGCAGAGCAAGCGGCGGCUGAGGUGGCGGCAGAGGCGGCCAUGUUUGCUGCAGCUGCUGCUGACUUUGGGAGGCGGCGACGUGAGCGACUCGGAGUACAUUGCCUCCGAUGACGAGGAGCAGAUGGACCUGGUGGCGGGCAUGUGGAUCUGAGUGACAACGAGCGCGCCGUCAUCGAGCGCGAGCUGCGGCGCGAGCGCACCAAGCGCGAGGCGAAGAAGCGGUGUUGGAGAGGGACGUGCAGCGCUCCAUGGACCGCAGCCGCGCCGCCAUG